CAGGUGUUGGAACAUGCUGAGCAUUUAAGAAACGAACACGAAACAGCCCGAAUCCUUUGAAAUCGGGAUAAAUUUCACAUGGAUGAACUGUAUAUCAAACCUUCCAGAUCAGGAACAUAACUCAUAGUCUAUGAUCAAGGCCACAACCGACUCGUCGGGCUGACCGGAUGCGGAGAGAAAAACCACUUCCUCAAGAAUUUCACUGCGUCGAACAGCAAAGGCACAAUCGUGUGGUCCACACACCAGAAUUCGGUCAGGAUGUCGUCGGACGGGGACGCCGAAGCUUCGGGGUCCAAGUCCCCGACGUCCUCGGCUGCUCCAACUGCAAUUGGUCCAUCGACGUCUUCCGACGGGGCGGGAGCCGACAAAGGUGAGGAUGACGGGUCAUCCUUCCCGUUGAAGCCCCUGUCUGGACACAGGAAUAUAUCUUCUCCUCCGCCUGGAUUUCCGACGCCAGAUGAGAUCUUGAGGCUUCGAUCUUUAAGUAGGAGAGUCAAGGUCAACGUUGGUGGCGUGCGUCAUGAAGUAAUGUGGCGAACCUUGAGUCGACUCCCGAGAUCUCGGCUAGGAAGACUCCGUGAAUGCACCACCCACGAAACCAUCAUGGCCAUCUGCGACGACUACGUCCUCAUCGACAACGAAUAUUUUUUCGAUCGUCACCCUGGGUCGUUCUGCUCCGUCCUCAACUUCUACCGGACAGGCAAGUUGCAUCUGAUUGAGGACAUCUGUCCGGUGUCCUUCAGUGAAGACCUGGAGUACUGGGGUAUCGAUGAACUGUACAUGGAAUCCUGCUGUCAGCACAAGUACCACGCCAAGAAGGAGCAGCAGGUGGAGGAGCAGAGGAGGAUUGAGGACAGUCUCAGGCAGAGGGAAGAAGAAGAUUUUGGAUCAGGAUGCCUGGCCGACAGACGCCGGCAGCUCUGGGAUCUUAUGGAAAAACCAAACUCAUCGACUGCUGCUAAGGUCAUCGCUAUCAUCUCCAUCCUUUUCAUCAUUCUUUCCACCAUAGCCCUAUCUCUCAACACCAUGGAAGGUUUACAGAAAAGAGACGCCCAGAACAACCCUAUCGACAAUGACAAAUUGGCCAUGAUAGAGAGCAUCUGUAUAGCUUGGUUCACUCUAGAGUACCUCCUCCGCCUCAUUUCCGCUCCCAACAAGUGGAAGUUCUUCAAGGGCGUCCUCAAUAUCAUCGAUCUCUUGGCCAUCUUACCGUAUUACGUAACACUCUUCCUCACCGAGUCGCGAGAGAGCGUCAUGCAGUUCCAGAACAUGCGACGGGUUGUCCAGAUCUUUCGGGUGAUGCGGAUCAUGAGGAUUCUCAAGUUGGCCAGGCACUCGACCGGGCUGCAGUCGCUGGGUUUCACGCUCCGCACCAGCUACAAAGAACUGGGACUUCUUAUACUGUUCCUCGCCAUCGGCAUCAUGCUCUUCUCGAGUCUCGCUUACUUCGCCGAGAAAGACGUUCCGUUUACCGAUUUCACAAGUAUUCCUGCGUCUUUUUGGUGGGCUGCCAUCACGAUGACGACAGUCGGUUACGGUGACAUCAGCCCCAUCACCGUUCUUGGGAAGAUCAUUGGUUCUGUUUGCUGUGUGUGCGGUGUGCUCUUUAUCGCCCUUCCCAUUCCAAUCAUCGUGAAUAAUUUCUCCGAGUACUACAGAGAGCAAAAACGACAGGAAAAGGCGCUGAAACGUCAUGAAGCACUUGACCGGGCUAAACGCGACGGAAGCCUGGUCAGUCUUGAUAUGCGAGAUCUCCAUUUUGUAGAACUUUCUGAGAUGGGAUAUGGAUUGAAGCCCUUGAAUCCGAUAGUUCAGACUCGUAUGAGAAGUAGUUCUAGCCCGCUGAGGUGCAAGGAUAAGAGAGGAGCCCAGGCGGAUCCUGAUAUUGUGGGAUUGAACCGGAGGUACCAUUCUCAUGACGAAGGUAUAAAGGACAAUACUGGUGUCCAGUGGAGAGGCAAUGAUCGGGCACAUAGUGGAAUAUAUCCGCAUGGGCGAGACCGUACUUACAGUUCUACCACAUACACUGAUCAUGCGAAUAGACAAAGCUCCAGUAGUCUCGCAUCCGAUGCGUUUGGUGAAUCACAAGAUCAUCAUGAAUUACCGAGAAUCCUUCGGACCAUAGGUAAUGUAGGGAUCUUAGCAGGCCAGACUGGAGUGGGAGGCCAAGAUGAUAAGUCGACUGACAGAGGACCGCCAAGUUAUGACUUGUCAAUCCACACUAUAAGUUCCCCAAGCAAGCAGAGUAAGGUCGAAAUGCAGUUGCCUGAUAGGUACGGCGGUCCGUCACACCGCGAUGAUUCGCAGAGUGGGUUUCGACAGUCGAUGUCUCCUAGAGACACAGAUACCAGCGAAACAGAACCUUUGCUCGGACCAAGACAGGGACAUGGCAAGGAAACGCCCUCUCCGGUCUCUGAUUGUAACGCAACAGGUGAGAUGGGAGUCAUAGUUCAGAAACUUGAUGAUGGUUUCACCACUACGUGGACGAAAGCACCAGAGCCUGGCCGUCCGGGGCAAGCCGUGAAACCUUCAUUAAAGCAUACCAUGAGUUCAGGCGAUGAACCCAUGGAACGCUCUUCCUUGACAAGAAAAUCUAGUUCAGAAAGUCAAUAUUCACAGGGUGGGCAUCCGAAGCGGGUCACGAUCGAGGAAGGAAGAAGAGCAAGCGUGUCCUCGACCGACUCUGGCUCGAGUUCCGGUGCAGCGCCCCACCCGCGUCUGUGCAAAAAAGCUGGUACAAAACCUAAGACAAGGAAACAGAAGCAUCGACCGGCCUUCCUAGCUGGUAUAGGAAGUAUUACCGCUGGUAUCAAGUUAGGUCGCCAAAGCUCCAAGGACAGUGAUUCAAGCAAACGACCAAGCGAUUCUUCUCCUUCGUCAAAGAAAGUGGGUGAUAAUAGCAACAUUAGGUCAAAGGCAAGGUCCCGUAGCAAAGCGGGACUCUUGAACUUCCAUUCCAAGAAGCAACGCGAUACCAUCGGUCCCGUCCCUAUGCAAACAAUCACCAGUGCAGAAGAUGCCGGUAGUAACGGUUCACAUGAUGACAAGCCUCAGGGAGAUAUUAUUGACUUAAUGCAAACCACAAACACCUCUGACGCACAGGUUGAGAAUGGUGAUGCAAAUCCUGACAUCCGCCAACACACACCUUCGCAUUCGCAAGAACUACUUAACUUAGAUAAUAAUAGCAAAGUACCACUUAGAAUGGUAUCUUCAAACGGCAUUCCUAAAUCGGCACCUUCCCUUGUGGAUGAACUUCUCAACGGAGACACACAAGGAUCAGUAUCCACAAAUCCUUCUAACUUGAACAGAUCAAUGCCCAUUAAGCAACUCUCACUCGACGGCGUUCCCCGAUCUGCUCCGAAACCCCCCGACCUCAUGUCCCGGUCAACUCCGAACUCUCCCGACCACACGGGAGUUCCUUCGGCAAAUCAAACGGAUUGGGGAUAUCCCUUUUUGUCAGAGACCCUUCCAGAUUGUAAGCCAGAUAAAGCGAUUGACAUUUCAUCAAACGACUGCCAUUCCAGUCAUUCCGACAGCCGAGAAAAUUCAAUUAAAUGCUAGGAACCAUCUAUGCAACCUAUCAUUCACUUGCCAUUGUUUAUAACAUGACUGUUUUGUAAGUUCAGGGCCUCGUCUCACAAAGAGAUACGAUUGGUGGGCCAACCAAUCGUAACUCUAUGGAAAUCCAUCAGUGUCGUAAUAGUUUCUACAGGAAAUUUGAAAAAUGUUCUUUGUAAACAAAGGAGAACACACCAAAUUGUCAAGAAAUCAAUUAAUUUAUGGAUAUCUAUUCAUAUCUAGAAAUUUUUUUGAGCAAACAUGCAUUUUAUAUGUUGACUUUGCUGGCUUUCCAUAGCUGCGAUUGAUCGGAUCAAUCGCAAGUCUUUGUAAGACGGGCCCCAGAAAUUCCAGCCAAUAGGCGCGGUGGGCGCUACACGUCAUUGUAGUUUGAAGAGAAUAGAGUACCGAAUUGAUGAAGUCACAAAAAUCAUAUUUUGUCUUUUAGAACAUACCGAACUAACCCCAUAACCACAAUUUGUUGGGAAUCGGUCCAUAGGGGACCAACAUGCCCCAACCCCCGAACCGAUUGUCACUAAAUUUGUGUUGUGGAUUUAUUUCUUCAUGAUCUGGUGAAUAUGAUAUUUUAAAAAAAAUGCUAAAAUGCUAAACAGGAUUUUAUGACGUCAUUACUCCGAUACUCUAUACGGUCGACUACUCAAAUACACCAAACCAAGAAAUGUACUUGACUGGAAAAAAUGUAAAAGCAAUGACAUUCAAAAUUUCGUUUAAGUUUACGAGAAGUUAAAUGCACAAUAUGGGUAAUAUGUAAACGAGAGAGUCGAUGAAAGGACACGCUCACAUUUUAUUAACUUAUUUAUUUUGCAUGAAUUUUCAAAUACAUUAUUUGAAAUUGAAGAAAUUCUUAGUUGUAUUAAAACAGCUUGCAGCAAUAGCAAUAUCACAUUUUUUAACGGAAUAAUCAGAGAUUGUUUUAUAUCAAAGUAUCAACAUGAGACAUUUCUUAUAGAAAUAUAAGUAAGUAAUGCAGGGGCCGCGGAAAGGUUUUGGAAGUGGGGGUGGGGCGCUGACCAUGCAAACAAAUCACAAUCAGAUGAUGAUUUUUACGUUUUUGUUCACGGUUUUGGAAAAAAAAGUGUGUGUGUGGGGGGGGGGGGGGUGGCUGAAGACCACCCAGCCUCCGGUUUCCGAGGCCCCUGUAACGAUCGUGUAGAAUCAUUAAUUCCACCGCUCGCAUGCGACUCGUAUAGUGCAGCUAACUCUAUUCUUAAAUUCAGCAUGCAUCGAACUUUUAAAAUGCUCUCACAUUCGUAUUGGUCUGAUAUUUAUUAAUUCUUCACUUAUUCUUGUUUGCUUUUCCCAGUUUAUUCAAAUCAACUGGAUAAUCACGUUAAAGUUUACUACUAAGUAGAGGUAAAAUUAACAUAAUAGAAAAGUCUAAGGGAAUAUGUUUCUCGUAAUAAUUAUUCUGCAUAAAAAUGUGUUAUAUAAGUGCUAAUUAUUAUAUUUUCAUUCUGUUCACAUAUUGGUUUUUGUAAACAAAAAUAUAAUUUUGUUACUUUGCUUAAGUGUCUUUUAAACGGUCGUAUAUUUUGAUUGUGUAAAUACUUUUAUGUACCCUAAAGUAAUAUGUGUAUAUUGUAUCAAAAUAUGAACACUUAUUAGGUACUUUAGGUUUUGUAUAUUACGCUUACAACAAAUGCUGUAUAUAACUAAGUUAUUUUAUCAUAUGAAUAAUUUUCUAACCGAUUCAUCAAAAGAAUUACAAUAUGGUAAUAACGGCAUCCGUUCAUAAGCAGAGGAAUAGAAUUUCUACUUCGAAAGACGUAUAUUUUUACUGUUUAUUACCGCGCUUCUCCCAAACAUCUUGCCCUUCUUGCUUACAUUUUUAAAUGAAUAAUAAAUAUCGUUUUCAGCAAAAAAUGAAAUAUAUAGGAAACAGUUUUGGAGAGGAGUAAUGCUUUUCUUGUCGUUGUGUGCGUGGGGGAGUAGGCCUAUUGUUUUCUUUCACUUAUUUUCAAUUUUUUUUAGUUAUCUUUUACACACACACACACCUGGAUCCUAUCCGAAAAACGGGAUUUGAUGAGGGGGUGUUCCAAUCCACACUGUUAGAUAAUUUAUCCUUAAAAUAAAAGAAGUUCUUGCAGCAGAGUCUCGAGAACACCUGUAAUCUUACCAGAUUGCGUAAUCUUACAGGAAAUUGGUAUUUGGUGUAUGGAACCUUACAAAUUUCCUUAAAGAAAACACUCUUUCCUCUUUUGAAACAGACCUGUUCAGUUAAA